GCAGUAAACACACCAGCUGCGAUCGACGAUAUUAAAAGAGAAUAGAGGAAUUCAGUGCGGAUAGGAAUUAGGGUGUCAGGAAUAUCCAUCCCCCUAAUAAACAUGAGCUGUCAAAGGAAUCCGGGGAAAAUCACAGUGCCGGACGAUCUCCGGGACAUUCUGCUCGAGUUCACCAUCAGCUACCUGCUCGAGCAGCCCGGCGACAUCGUCGAUUACGCCGUCGACUUCUUCACGAGGCUCAGGGAGACUCGUCAGACCCAGAUUAUAGCCCCCAGCCAGCAGCAGUCGAAUGCCCAGACAUGCUCAUCGACCCCCGACGAGUCGGUCGACGACGAACCGCCGGUGGCAAGGUUCGCGACGAGAAGGAAGAGCGUUUUUGCGGAGACUUACAACCCGGAGGAGGAUGAAGACGAGGAAGGCAUCAAGAUGGUGUAUCCGAAAAGCGACCAGCAGCGGCUCAGGUUGGGUGAAAGCGUCAAGACCAUCCUGCUUUUCCGGGCCCUCGACAAGGAACAAAUGGCCGACGUGCUGGACGCGAUGUUUGAAAAAACGGUCGAAGUCGGUGAUUAUAUAAUACGGCAAGGAGACGACGGCGAUAAUUUCUAUGUCAUUGAAAAGGGUAAAUUCGAGGUUUACGUCAAGGAUCCGUCAGGUGCCGAUGUCCUGAUACACACCUACGACAACAGCGGUGCCUUCGGCGAAUUGGCACUACUGUACAACAUGCCAAGGGCGGCGACGAUCAAGGCCAUCACUCCGGGCACCCUGUGGGCGAUGGACAGGCAGACCUUCCGACGAAUCCUGCUAAAGUCUGCGUACAAGAAACGCAAGAUGUACGAGGAUCUGAUCAACAAAGUUCCCAUGCUCAAGUCACUCGAGAAUUAUGAACGCAUGAAUCUGGCCGAUGCUCUUGCGCCAAAACACUUUGCCGAUGGCGAGCUUAUAAUAAAGCAAGGCGACAUCGCCGAUGGAAUGUAUUUCGUCGAGGAUGGUGUGGUCAAAAUUACUAUUCUCGGUGAUAACGGCAGAGAAAUUGAGAUCAACCGCGUACCUGCCGGUGGCUACCUAGGUGAGCUAGCCCUGGUCACGCACAAGCCACGAGCGGCGUCCGCUUACGCGGUCGGCAACGUUAAGCUGGCAUUUCUGGACGUCGAGGCUUUCGAACGUCUCCUCGGCCCCUGUAUGGAAUUGAUGAAACGAAAUAUCGAGGACUACGAAGAUCAGCUGAUCAAGAUAUUUGGAAGCAAAACUAACAUCUCCGACGUUCGAUGAACAACUUGAUGUCGACGAUGAUUAUUCUUAUUCUUCUUCUUCCAAUAACAACACAACACACAACAACAACAACAACAACAACAACAAAAAACGCAACCAUCGGCACAAAAUAUAGGAAACCAUAUAUUGCGACACGCUUAAUUAAUUAAUUCAUCAACUACGUACAUAUAGAUACAUUAUAUACAUAUAUUCAUAUUUAGCGUGACUCUAAAUACAUCUAAACCAGAGUAAACUUUAACCA